AUGACGAGUAUUAAUAAGCCAACAGUAAUGCCACGACAAAUUACUGAAAUUAAGGAAUUUCUGAUGACUGCGAGAAGGAAGGAUGCAAAGUCAGUCAAAAUUAAGAAAAAUAAGGAGAAUGUUAAGUUCAAAGUUCGAUGCAGCAAGUAUCUCUACACUCUUGUGAUUCAGGACAAAGAUAAGGCGGAAAAAUUGAAGCAGUCCUUGCCACCAGGUCUGCAAGUAAAGGAACUGAAGUGA